GCAGCCCCAGCCCCAACGGCGGCGGCGGCGGCAGCAACGGCGGCGGCGGCAAGAGGAUGGCAUCGGACCUGGCCCUGAGCAGCGCCGACCUGCCCACCAGUCCGCUGGCCAUGGAAUAUGUUAAUGACUUCGAUCUGAUGAAGUUCGAGGUGAAAAAGGAGCCGGUGGAGACGGACCGCAUCAUCAGCCAGUGCGGCCGCCUGAUCGCCGGGGGAUCGCUCUCGUCCACCCCGAUGAGCACGCCCUGCAGCUCCGUGCCCCCGUCGCCCAGCUUCUCGGCCCCGAGCCCGGGCUCCGGGGGCAGCGACCAGAAGACCCACCUGGAAGACUAUUACUGGAUGACCGGCUACCCGCAGCAGCUCAACCCGGAGGCGCUCGGCUUCAGCCCCGAGGACGCCGUGGAGGCGCUCAUCAACAGCACCCACCACCACCACCAUCAUCAUCACCCGCAGCAGCAGCAGCACCAGCAGCAGCACGGCGGCGCCCCCCACUAUCAUCAUCAUCAUCACCACGGCGCGGCCGGGCACCACCACCACCACCACCACUUGCACUUCGACGACCGCUUCUCCGACGAGCAGCUGGUGACCAUGUCGGUGAGGGAGCUCAACCGGCAGCUGCGAGGGGUCAGCAAGGAAGAGGUGAUCCGGCUCAAGCAGAAGCGGCGGACCCUGAAAAACCGAGGCUAUGCCCAGUCGUGCCGCUUCAAGCGGGUCCAGCAGCGGCACGUCCUGGAGUCGGAGAAGAACCAGCUGCUCCAGCAAGUGGAGCAACUCAAGCAAGAGAUCUCCAGGCUGGUCCGGGAGAGGGACGCCUACAAGCAGAAAUACGAGAAGCUGGUCAGCAGCGGCUUCCGAGAAAACGGCGGCUCCGGCAGCAGCGACGACCCGUCUUCGCCCGAGUUUUUCAUGUAUCCAAGAGAAUCUUCUACAUCAGUGAUGUGAGAAUCCCUGUUACCUGGAGCCUGACAAGAAAAACUGGUGCUGGAUGGCGGAUGGCUUACAACAAUUUUCUGGCAUGAAGAGAAGCUACAAAGCACAAAAAAAAGAAAGGGGAAAAAAA